GUCUCCUUUUCACCCUCCCUGCCUUUUUCUUCCCUCCUUUUUUUCCUUCCCUGCCUCCUUCUUUCCCUCCUGUAUAUCUUCCUCCUCCUUUUCUCUUCCUACUCCUCCUCCUCUUUCCUUUCUGCUUUCUUUUCCUGCUUGACCUCCUCCUUUUCCUCCUGCCUUCCCCCUUCUUUUCCUGCUCUCCUCCUUCCCCUCUUCUCUUUGCUCUGCCUCCUCUUUUCCUCCUCUCCUCUUUGCUUUCUUCUUGCCUCUCACCUCCUCCCCCUCCCUCCCAAAAGAGCCUCCAAGGCGGGCGGGGGUCCUCUUCCCCCCUUCUUUCCCCUUUUCCCGAAGCCGGCUCCGCAUCCCUUCCAGCCCACCUUAAGGCCCCCCCUCCUCCCAUGUGCGGCUGAUGCCAGCCAGGCAGGGGUGACCUUACCAAAAAGAAAGGAAGAAAGAAAAAGAGAGAGAAAGAGCCCUCACAACAAAACAAGUCGGCCGGGAGGGAGAGGACAGGACCGACAACAAGACUCGCACCCCGCCGCUUCUUUCUCCGAUAUUCUUCUUUCCAUCCUCCGCUCUCUCGGGUCCAGAACUCACGGGGAAAGCUUGGUCUGGGGAGGGCACUGGACACAGACCUCCUCCCUCCCGAUCCCCCCCAAAGGAGCCCCUUUUCUUUCCUCCUGAAUUGUGAAAAGAAAGCCGGAGGCCCCUCAAUGCUAGGCAACGGCAACGGCGGCGGGGGCAGCGCGGGAGCAGAGCCGGAGAAGAAGGCGGGCAGCUGAGGAGGAGAGCAGACCCUUCGCCCACCCUCGCCCGCCCCCUUGGUCGCCUUCUCCUUCUCUUGGUAGCCUGCCAGGAGGGACACUUUACCCUGCUACCCCCUUGGGGAAGAAGAAGAUCUCUCUUUGGAAGACGAAGAAGAGGGCACUGCUGGAGAAGACUCUUCCUUCUGCCCCUUGGAGAAAGCUUAGUUCCCAGGCUGGUACGCCUGGCACCUUCUCUGCUUUCUUCUCCUGCAAGAGGAAGAAGGAAGAGCACUGAGAAGAGAAGAAGACCUUUCCUCCUCCUCUCAGGCUCCAAAGGGAUUGGAGAGCUUGCCUUGGCACUUUUUGGGGGAGGAUUUCUCCUGCAAGAGGAAGAAAAAUUGUCUGGUGGAGAGAAGACAGACCCUAAGAAAGGGCACUGAGGAGAGAAGAAGACCUUUCCUCCUUCUCUCAGGCUCCAAAGGGAUUGAGAGCUUGCCUUGGCACUUUUUGGGGGAGGAUUUCUCCUGCAAGAGGAAGAAAAAUUGUCUGGUGGAGAGAAGACAGACCCUAAGAAAGGGCACUGAGAAGAGAAGAAGACCUUUCCUCCUUCUCUCAGGCUCCAAAGGGAUUGGAGAGCCUGCCUUGGCACCCUUUGGCACUUUCUUGGGGAGGAUUUCUCCUACAAGAGGAAAAAAAAUUGUCUGGCAUAGAAAAGACAGACCCUAAGAAAGGGCACUGAGAAGAGAAAAAGACCUUUCCUCCUUCUCUUUUUCCCUACUUAGGGAUUGGAGAGCUUGCCUUGGCACCCUUUGGCACUUUCUUGGAGAGGAUUUCUCCUGCAAGAGGAAGAAAAAUAGUCUGGCAGAGAGAAGACAGACCCUUCUUCGUCCCUUCCCUUUUCUCGCCCCAUUUUUGCUCUGCCUUUGCCCUCCUGCUGCCUUUUUGGCUUUCCUGGGGAAGAUCCUCCUGCAAGAGAAAGACAAAUAAGGGACAAGAAAGGAGCAUCCCUCUCCUCCCCAGCUUUGGCAUGUGAGUGACUCAACCCAAGGACCUCUCUGCAACCCCCCUUUGGCUCUCAUUACUCUCCCCGCAAAACUCCCCAGAGUGUAUGCCAACAAAUCUAUGCGCUGCGCAUCAAUGUUCUGCCAGUAGCAGAUGAACAUGGACGCUCCGGGCAUUUAUUCCAAAGGUCUGCUGGUUUGCUUCUGGGUACCACUGCUGCUUUCGAGAUGGUCAGGUGUGAGAGGCCAGACACCAGAGAUCAUACAAACUCCAGAGACCUUGUCGGUGUCUGCAGGAGAAGAGUUCACCCUGAAUUGCAUCCUGAAGGGGAGCGGAAGGCCAGGAGGGGUCCGUUGGUACCGGGGCCCCGACAGAAACCAACCGGCCAUUUACACCCAAAAAGACUCCUCUCCUCGAGUGACGAGGCUUGUUCCUGAGUCUCCCACAGACUUCUCCAUCACCAUCAGUAACGUUCGACCUGAGGACGCUGGGACCUAUUACUGUGUGAAAUACAAAAAGACAUCAGGAACAGAGGUGGAAGAAACCGCUGGGAAAGGCACCGUGGUUUCUGUGAUUGCUACACCUUCGCAGCCACUUAUCCAAGCACCGCUCAGCCGAGUGGAGGCAGGGGCCUCUGUGACUUUCAAUUGUACCUCCGAUCGAUUCUCUCCUCGAGACAUUACAGUCACCUGGUUGAAGGACUCGAGGCCCAUCUACCCCUUGCGGACCACCGUUCGGCCAGAAGGAGAAAGCAUCUCGUAUGAGGUUUGGAGCUCCGUGGAGGUGCAGCUCAACAAAGAGGACGCCAAGUCACAGCUCAUCUGCCAGAUCGAACACAACACUUUGAAAAGUCCCUUGAAGCAGAGAUUUAGUCUUGGGAAUGUCCUCCGAGUUCCGCCUAACAUCCGGGUGGAAAUCGACCCGCCUCCUCCUGUCCACCUGAACAAUACUGUGACUGUCACCUGCAAUGUGGAGAAUUUUUAUCCAAAUGACGUCACCGUGGCCUGGCUUGAGAAUAACAAGAGUGAAGCAGUAACCGACGAACCCCCAGUCCAGCAUUGGGAUGGGACGUCCUCUCUCAAGAGCUCUCUGGUGGUGAAGGCCACUGAAGAGAGGAAUUUGUCUAUAUUUACUUGCCUGGUCAGACAUAAUUCUCAGCCUCUGGUUAACAAAACAGCAACGUUGAUCAUCCGGUCAUAUGCUGAAGGAAUUGACAGUACCGAUCGCUCUGAAGGUGACAUGACUGUUUUCAUCAUCGUUGCAGUGGUUUGUCUGCUCCUUGUAGUGUUGGUGGUUUCAAUUAUCUACCUCAUCAUAGCAAGGCAUCAGAAAGGGAAAGACCCUACAUCUGUAAGGCUACACGAGUCUGAGAAGACUUCCGCAGCAACAAACCAGGAGCCUGAUCCCAACAACGUAACAUAUGCAGACUUGAACUUUGAGAAGGCCCCCGAGAAGAGCCCCCGCCAGGUGGUUGAAAUCAGCCAGCAGUCGGAAUAUGCCAGCAUCCAGGCUGCCAAGCCUCCUGCCAAUGACGAGAACGUCACCUAUGCAGACUUAGACAUGGUUCACCUAAGCAAAGCGCCCAAGAGACCUGCCCCGAAGCCGGAGGAAACCAGCUCGGAGUAUGCCAGCGUGCAGGUGCAGGGCAAGUGAUCUCUGGCGGCAGUCGCUGGCUGUCCACUGGCUCCCCGGCCCUCUCUUGGGGCCGCCGGACACCUCCUGGCUGGGCUUGGAUCCUUGGCCUUGGACUCAUGCUGGUUCUCAACAGAGGAGUGAUGGGAUUUGCCUGCCAAGGUGUGGUUCCUGCGACUUCUUUUGAGUGGAACUUAAUGUACGUAGCCAAGGUCAAGGAGGAAAACUAAUCGGUGCUACACACAACUGCAUCCUGAUAUUUGGGCUAGUUCAUGGUGCCUCUUCUCGUCCCCUGCUUUCCCGGUGGAGAGGAGAGGCCUAGACCAACUAAGGAUCUAACACAGCUUUUCUCACUAGAAUGGUAACUCUUCUUGUAGUUCAUCAACACGCCGCACGGAGCCAGAGCUGCACGAUGGCAAGUGGUCACUUCAUUGGCAAGUGGGAUGUCAUCUUCAGCUCUUCCUGCUUGGAGGCCUUCUCUCUCCUUCCUUUCAAGACUACUGUGUCCUCUCUGAUGCCACCAUCUUGAGACUCCUUCUCUGGAGCAAAGCCACACUGGUGGCCUCAUCUAGCUGUGUGGAGAAGAAAGAAGCGACUGAGCACCAACCCUAUCAAGAUACUUGAGCAAAGGUGGUGAUCAUAUGGGACAAAGAAACGGUCCUUUCCCAGGUUCUCCAGAGAGUGGAAGACCAAGAUCAUGUCUGUUUCACUUUAUAUUGCUGUAGUCCACAGAUAAGUUCUUUUCCUCCCCGUGACAGUAUGUCUGGGGACAGUGCCUCUUUGAGAUAUAGCAACUUGUUCCAGAUUAUCCUCCUCACCCCCCGCCCAUCUCUUGCUGGCAAAGCCAAAUCUGUAGAACCUCUUUAGUUUUGUUGACCUCCUUACUUACCCCUUGGUUUGUUUUAGUUUGUUUUCUUUUCACUCAUCCAUAAGUGUUCCUAGUUUGGGGGGCCUUGAACAUACAUCGCAGCUUCUGUGAUAGGCUCACGCCUUAGAAAAUUAGGGACCAUGUUGAGAAAUCAUGCCAGCUCCGAUCUCUUUCACUUUCCUCUUUGUUCACUUCUGACUCUGUCCCAACUCUGUCUAAAUGGGGAAGGAACCUUAGUGACAAAGUCUAUGGUUUCCGCUUCCAUUUCCCUCUUUGUUGACGUCCUGACCCUCUCCCAAAUCUGGCUAAAUAGGGACACAACCUCAGUACUGAAAUCUAAGGUUUUCUCUUCAUUACCUUCUGGACCGUCUCCCAAAUUUGACAAAAUGAGGAAGCAACCUUAGCAGCACUAUUUAAGGUCUACAGUAUAUUAUUCCUCUGUAUGUGAGUGUGAGUGUGUACUUUUCUGAGAGGUAAUCCCCCACUCCACCAACCAUCAUGCCAAGGCAGCUUGCAUGGUCAGAGAAGACCACAACCCAAAGCUAGUAGUAGUUCUCCGAUAUACUAUGUCAACUCAUCUCUCUCCUCUAUAGUUGCUCCACAAUGUCUACAAAGCUAGGAAGACCCCUCUUGGACCUGCCACUCUACUUAGGCUCCAUCCUGGUCCAGUAUGUAUGUGCAUAUAUGUGUUUUCAAGUGUGCCGGUCAUUUUGUUUUUCCCCACACCACACUCAAAUCUGCAGCAACACUGCUGGUGACCAUACAAAGGAGCAAUGAAAGAUAGUUGGGCAAUGACUAUGAAGGGAAGAGGCAAGGGAGGCUCUUGGUGUGCUGCUUAUUGAGUGGUGUAAUAAGGGGCCAGAUGUUCCCACAGGUCACCUACUAUGGGCCAAGGUGCUCUGUUCCCAAAAGAGAAACAUCUCCAUCCAAGAUCCAUAUGCCUAGGCAGCUUGUUGUCUCUUGAACUUACAACUUUCUGGAGCACCGUGUCUCCUGUCCCUGCCUCUUGAGGGGGAGAGGGCAAGAUCGUGUCUGCCUUUCAAUGUGUCCGUCUUGGCCAAAUCCAUGGGGUUGAUCCUUGCCUCCUUUGGUCUUGCUCGUUUUUCCAUUCCAUAAGUGCAGUUGAUGAAGUGGGGGAGGCCAAUGAAAAACAAAACAGAGCACCUCUUUAUGGGGAGCAGAUAGACAGGGCUCCACCUAAAGAGGUGGUCGUUCCACCUGUGUUGACUGUUCAGCAUUAUAACUGUUUACUCCUUUUAGAACUAAAAAAAAAAUUACCAGUAUUUGUGUAUGUUCUUUGUAAGUGGGUGUAGUACUGUGUACUUAGCACUAGUGUGAAAAGCACAAAAAAAAGCAAAGCAAGGCGUAUAGAGUGCCGGAGAUGAAGUAAGCUCUAAACUAUCCGAGACCGAGACAUCUUAACCCACCCGCUGUGACUCCUGCUGCCAGUAACCAAAAUUACUCCUCUCUUUUCUUCUUUUUGCUGUUGAUAUGUGGGGAUUUUUUUUCUCCUUUGAUUUUGUUUUGGUGGUUGUGUGUUCCUCUUUAUUUCAAUGCAGUUUAGGAACUAACAGUUUGUGGGCAUAAGAAGGAAUUACGGAACGGGAUACCAACGGAGCCGUUGAAGCGAUGUCUUCCAAAUGCUCUACCACUGAUCUUCCACCCAGACUUUAGUUCCAUCCUUCAUUUGAGGAGCUUUCAAGGUCCAGGGGGAAGGUUAUAAUGCAAAGCAGGUAGACCCUGGAGAGAUGUUGCAUUUCUCCUGUAGACAGUCCUUUUCAGGUCCUCUGCAUCUCAGAGGAUACUCACCUGAAUAGCUAGCCCAGUAUAAUGGUCUCUUUCCAGGAAGACACAACCAUGAAUGUGUCUUGAGACACAGGAGAAGCUUCCUCUUUUCAUCUCAAGAGAGUGAAAGAAUGAAAAUUGGGGCCACUGAGAAUGUUGCAGUCUUUUUUUAAAGCCAAUUAGGAAGACCUCCAUGCUCCUGCUAUGAGAAAGCAUAGACAUAAAUAAGGAAUGAGUGCAUACAGUCCUGGAAGCCUUGCAAGAUGUGGGCAUCUUCAUGGUGGCAUAUAGUCCUCCUGAUGUUCUUUCAUCCACAUCCUCCUGGCUAUUUCCUAGCCCAAAAUGUGUGGAAGGAAGUGCAGUGUUGGGACAGUGUGCUGUCAGAGCCAAAUUACAUGUCACCUUAGGUGAAUAUCUCCUCCCGAAAAUGGCUUCCAUGUGUCCUUCCUUCCUAUGUUCAUGUCUGCAGUGUUUCCUCCAACAUAGCCAUGGAUAUGCUAAGAGUCUUUGCUCCAACUAAAAAAAAAAGUAUAAAUCUUCAUGAUAUCCAGACAUUGAUCCACUCCAUAAGUGUUACAAAUGGAGAGGAAGGAAGUAGACCCAUGGCUGUCAUUUUGAGCCAACACAUGGCUGGCUCUUUUGGAUGCCAUGAUGGUGUCUGAUGUUUACUCUGGCUAUUAGGCAAGGCAGGAAUUUCACAUGGCUAUUCUGUUAUGUCCAAAUGACCCGCCACACUCUUCCUUCUCUUAGUGACGGUAGAUAGGAAAAUAAGGAAGUCUGAUGGUACCAUUGCUUGGAAGAUAAUUCCAAGAGCUUUAGCUGGUCGUCACCAGCCCAGAAUGGAGGAGGGGUGCUGAAGACCACCUUUUGUCCAGACUCAUCACGUGGCCCUGGUUUUGCAGGGAGGGAAAUGGGACCAGGGAGAGAGGAAUAUAUGAAGCAGUUGGGAAUAUAUUUGUUGUGGAUCAAAAAUAUAUAUUAGGUGACUGUUUGUACAGAUCGCACCUUAAGUUUUGUUUUUGGUUGUUUUGGAUUUUGUUUUUGGGGUUUUUUUUUUCCUUUCGCUUGCAAGAUAUUUUUGUAAUAAAAUGUUCAAAGUC